UUGUAAGAUUAAAAUAAAGAAGAGACAUGGCUAGAAACAAUAGUACGGCUCAUGCACUUAUGUUGUUGAUUACUAUUGUAGUGAUUAGUAGUUGUGCUUCCGUUGAAUUAGAUGGCAAUAUUCAUGAAUUUCCUUCCAAGAGUAAAAGGCUGAAGGAGUGUAUUGCUAAAUGCAAUCAUCGUUAUUUGCGUUUGCCUUCUACGUCUUAUUCGGAAAAGAUUGAAAAGCUUUCAAAUUGCAUUCGGGAAUGUUAUGCUACGUAUUACAAUGUUGGUGUCUAUUACUAUAUGCGGAUCUAUAGACGCCGUGCGGAUGAGAUCACGUUGUAGUAAGGCUCAAGGUGGCGCUAUGAUAUAGAUGAUACAUAAGGUGAUAUUGAUGUGGCCUAUUAUUGUGGCAUUAUGAUGAUAAAUGACGUGAUUUAUACUAACGAUAACGACCUAUCAUGACAUUGUGAUGACAAUUGAGAUUAGAAUAAUGGUAGGAACCAAAAGGGUAUUAGUAAAAAAUUAGUUAAAUAUUUUUGAGUGAAUCUAAAAUUUUUACGAGUUAAUAUAUAUGGAUGUUUUUUCUGCUAAAUAUUGGAAUGUUUCUUUUUCAUACUA